AUGAAUUUCUCUACCGGAUAUCAUCUACAAAUGGGAGCUACACCAUCCGAUAAUAUGACUCAAAUAAAUAAUAAUGUGGCAUAUCCUUCGACAGAGACCGGCUUACAAACUCAUGAUACGACAGAGACUCCGCUUACAUAUGGCGAUUACAAGACUUCACUAAAAAGGAAAUAUAUGGAUUCUUUCCGCACGCCAAAGAAACAAGAACCCGUUGCCGAAUAUGAUGAGAAGGGUAAUAUGGCUAUGUUUACGGGAAGACAUCCAUCAUACCCAGACGAAUUAAAUGCACUGAUACAUCCUUCCUCAUGUGACUUGUGUAACAUGAAAAUGAAUUCGGUAAUAUCAGCAAAAGAUCAUUAUGAAUCUAAGUCUCACGAUAAAAGCAUUACAAAUUGGAUUACAAAAAAUUACACGGAAAAGGGUAUAAACCCACCAGAAAUAGCACGUUUUUACAAGCAGGGACCCGUGGGACCAAAUGCUUUCCAUUGUGAACUGUGUGAUUUGAAGCUAACAUCGGUAACUCAUGCACAACAACAUUUUGCGGGCAAAAAACAUCAAAUGGUUCUAAGUCAACGAUCAAAACCUUCGGGUGCCGGCUAUUAUAAUAAUGAAGGAAAAUGGGUCAGAGUUUCUACAAAAGCGUUUCCGAAAAGUGCAGACCGACGUUUUGGAAUUGGUGACCAAUUUCUGUUUGGUUCCAGUGAUAAUGUAUCCACAACUACUGCAGAUGAAUCGUCUAAUUCCGUUGUUAGUUCACCACAACAAAUGCCAGAGGACAAUACGGAUGCCAAACCACCCAAAAUUGCGAAAAUUAAUGAACAAGAUCCAAAUCUAUUUUGUGUAGUAUGUAAUGUAAGUGCUACAUCCGCUCUGCAAAUGGCAAUGCAUUUAAGUGGAAUAAAACAUCAGAAAAAACUAAAGGCAAGUGGAGUGGAAAUCACAAUUACGGGUCACGCCCCUACAUCUACCACUACAGAUGAUACAAGCCAAACUAUUGCUGUUUCUCUCAAGGAUAAUGUUCUCAAUUCCGUUAUUAAUGAACAGAAGCCGGAUACAAUCGAUAUGUCGAUGUACCGCACACCCAGUGGUCAAUAUUAUUGCCAAACAUGCAAUUUAACUAUAACAAAUCUACAUAGUCUGGAACAACACCUCAAAGGAAAGCGUCAUCUUAAAAGUCAAAUGGAACAAAAGGCAAUUGCCGCAAUAGCAAAUGUUAAACGAAAAUGA